AUGUCUCGCAAUACAAAGUUUAAUGUUAAACUCAUAUCUAGACGUUGGUAUACUGAUCUUAUGCAAGCAUCAAACUAUACUAUAAUUGAAAGCACAGAUUCUACGGAAUUCAAUACAAAUGAAGAGAUGAACCAAUUGAUUUCUAUUCAUGAUCCUGAUAUAUAUCGAGCUAGCGUUCAUAUUAGCAUUAUACAAAAACAAGAAUAUGUUUAUGGUUUCAGCGUGGCUAAAAGCAGGCUAAAAUUUGUUCUUGAAAAUGGAUUAGUAGAUGAAUUUGUAGGAUUGGUAGAAGAAUUUAUUAAAGAUCAUACUGGUAUUGAUAUUAAUAAACAGAUGACAAUUGAUGUUAUUCGGAUUAAAAAUCCAAAGAAAUUGAAGCAUAAAGGAUAUCCAAAAAUAGCAAAAUCCGUACAAAGUGUUCAAGAUUUAAAUACAAGAUCUUUAAAUGAAAGACAGAAUUCAAAUACAAAAUGA